UCAUUAAAUUAAACUCUGGUUAGUAUCCAGAGCGCCUUUCCCAAUGGAGGAGCGUCUACAGCGGACCGGUUGCCUUCGGAAAUCUUUUGAGAGAAUACAUCUUUUUCAUUGGACCUCCUCUCUCCUGAUGUAAGGAUCUACUUUUUGAAAGGACUAGUUUAACUUCCACCCCUUCGCAGCACCCGCGUUAUCGCACCGAUACCCCUCUGAUGUCCGCCCGGUAGCAGCAACAACCGCAGCUUCCCCAGACCCCCAUCGCGUGCCGCUUGCCAAUGCAAACCAAGCAGAAGUGGGGAGAAGCGCUCCGUGGGUCUCCCUCCUCCAUGGCCUCUUUUCCCUCCAUCCCAUCCCCCCUUCCCCUCCUCUCCCUCUUCCUCCUCCUCUCCAUCCCUCCAGUGGCUCCUAUCCAGCCCCAAUGGCCCCUGCAACGCGUCCCUGUGGUCUUACCCCAGGUGACAGAGGACCGACCCGCCCCUCACUUCCAGGCUGACGCCCGAUUGGACGUCACCUCCCCAUGUGACCCAGAAUGCCACAAGAAGGCUCUUCCCCCCAGCUACUGGGACCUGCGUAGCAUCCUGUCAUACGAGACACUCCAUAGCAACGGUCGCCUCACCGAAACCGCCGUGGGGAUCUACGGGUACACCGCCCGCACCCAGACCACGCCGGCACUGCCUUCCCGACGCAAACGUCAGAUCUUUGGCCAUGACGGGCGUUUCAGCAUUGUAGGGCAAGACUUCCUGUUGAACUACCCAUUCUCGGCAGCGGUCAAGCUGUCCACCGGGUGUUCUGGAACACUGGUGGGCGACCGGCACGUUCUGACCGCCGCCCACUGCGUCCACGACGGGAAGAACUACGUGAAGGGGGCGCAAAAGCUCCGGGUGGGUUUCCUGAAGCCAAAGCAGCGUGACUCUCCCAAUCCAGCCUCUGCCACCAAUGCAUCCCACACCCAUCCAUCACCCCCAGAUAAGAUGAAGUUCCAGUGGAUUCGUGCCAAGCGCACCCACGUGCCCAAAGGCUGGAUCAAGGGCAACGGCAACGACAUCGGAAUGGACUACGACUACGCCUUGUUAGAGCUCAAGAAGACCCACAAACGACGCCACAUGAAGCUGGGCGUCUCCCCGCCGGCGAAGCAGCUGCCCGGGCGCAGGGUCCAGUUCUCCGGCUAUGACAACGACCGGCCGGGCCAGCUGGUCUACCGGUUCUGCCGGGCUGGAGAGGAGACGCCAGACCUGCUCUACCAGCACUGUGACGCCCAGCCCGGGGCCAGCGGCUCGGGGAUCUACGCUCGUAUGUGGGACCGGAGGAGGCGGCGCUGGGAGAGGAAGGUGAUCGGGGUGUUCUCAGGGCACCAGUGGGUGGAGCGAGACGGGGCGUCGCAAGAGUUUAACGUGGCGGUGAGGGUGACACCUCUGAAAUACGCCCAGAUCUGCUACUGGAUCAAAGGAAACUAUGUAGACUGCCGAGAAGGAUGAGGAAGAGGUGGACAUGUCAUGCACAUACUGUACACACACACACACACAGAGAAUUGAUGGAGGACAAAGGGGGUCUUCACUUCCCUUCCUGAGGAAGUUGACAAGUGGACAUGUCAUUCAUACACAUGCAGAACACACUUCAUCAUGCAUUAAUACUGUUUCAUUACUAAUACAUACCAUCGUUCUGCAUGCAGAGACAUCCCUCCCAACACACAACUAGAAUGACUCACAUUCACAUCCAGGAAGUCCGACUGUACAUACAUCCUCACUAACCCUUUCCCAUCGUACAUUAAAUAAAAUGUAAAACAUGUAUUCGUGCCCUUCUUACUGCAUGAUCAACACUGUGCUUUGAAACACAACUGAAAGGUGUUAUGACUGAGCUUCAGAAGAUGUCUUUGACCAGGGACUCCCUGGACCAGCGUGUUAUGACUGAGCUUCAGAAGAUGUCUUUGACCAGGGACUCCCUGGACCAGCGUGUUAUGACUGAGCUUCAGAAGAUGGCUUUGUCCAGGGACUCCCUGGACCAGCGUGUUAUGACUGAGCUUCAGAAGAUGGCUUUGACCAGGGACUCCCUGGACCAGCGUGUUAUGACUGAGCUUCAGAAGAUGUCUUUGACCAGGGACUCCCUGGACCAGCGUGUUAUGACUGAGCUUCAGAAUAUGGCUUUGACCAGGGACUCCCUGGACCAGCGUGUUAUGACUGAGCUUCAGAAGAUGGCUUUGACCAGGGACUCCCUGGACCAGCGUGUUAUGACUGAGCUUCAGAAGAUGGCUUUGACCAGGGACUCCCUGGACCAGCGUGUUAUGACUGAGCUUUAGAAGAUGGCUUUGACCAGGGACUCCCUGGACCAGCGUGUUAUGACUGAGCUUUAGAAGAUGGCUUUGACCAGGGACUCCCUGGACCAGCGUGUUAUGAUGGUGAAGAGAACAUUUAAUGCACUGAAAGAAAGGAUGAAAUAGGAGGAACAAGAAGAUGUGUAAGAGAUUGGUGGAGCCAGAUGCAGUUUCACUGCUAAUUCUAUAGAUUGUCAGAGCUCUGUUGGGACAACUUUUUUUUCUUCUGUUAUUGCCAAUGAAUGUAACCCUGUCAUCAACCAAAGGUGCUACCCUGCUCUUAAAAAAUGUAAACUCAAGGUAUAGACUGUCACAGUACAAACGGUUGGUGUUUCAAAUGGACCCAAGUAAAAUAUCCAUAGCUCCCCCUGCUGGGCCAAAUACAAUACUACAGGCCACUGAUGACAGCAGAGUGUUGACUCUGGAACACUGACCCUCAACUACUCAUGAUAUGCACUUUGUCAAACCUUAUGGGUGAGCUAUUUUUCUGUUUCAAAAACAAUUGUGCAGCAAUAUAUAUAUAUAUAUAUAUAAACUUUAUAAUGCUUUGGAAUAAAAUGCAUAAUGUGG